AAAAGAAAAGAAAAGGGGGCACAGUUAAAAAGGAAGGAAAAGUAUGUGGUCGUGGGAGCAAAACAUUUAUGGGAAGUGGCUCAACUUUUGAAGUUACCCUGUUUGCCUCUGCAGUCUUCAACCAAACCUUUUUAAGGCUAAAUGUCGUCACUGUCACUGUCACUAUCACUCACAACUCUUCCCAAAUGGACGCCGAUGAAGCCAGAAUCUUGCUCGGUUUCCCACCAAAUUCACGUCCAACUUCCUCCCAGGUUAAAUCAGCUUACAAAAAGAAGGUGUGGGAAUCUCACCCUGACCUAUUUCCAUCUCAUGAAAAGUCUCUUGCUGAGUCUAAGUUUAAACUGAUUUCAGAAGCUCACGCUUGCCUGCUGUCUGGUGGGAGAGGAGAAGCUUCAAGUUCAGCUGAAUACUCACGAGUUGUGAGAACUGGAGUUCCUAGGGCUCACGGAGGAAGAAAAAAUAGUGCUAUGAUUAAAGUUCCAUUCAUUUUAAUUACUCUGGGAACAGUUGCGCUUGGAGGGUUUAAUGCUUCGAGGGCAUACAAAAAGCAGAAGGAGGAAUACCCAUCGCACAAUCCAUUUCUUCCUUGAUGACCUCUCCAGCUGCCAUCAAGCCCAGUUACUUGAUAUUUGUUUCCUUCAAGUAAUAUUUUUGUUGCAAUUGGUGGUGAACAUUAUAGCAUAUAUCUAAACGUAAGUGAAAUUGAAUCAAUAAAAAUUUAUGUGAUUAUCAUCAUAGAUUGUUAAGUGAAUUCCAUCUCGAUUCAAAACAAGCUGAUUCUUUGUAGGGAUGCCAUGCGGCUUAGUGUUAAUGAAGUCUCUUUCUUUUUUCUCUCC